CGGUAAUAAGCCCCAUCAUCAACAGACUUUCCUUCAUCAUCAUGGUUGUGUUCUCAGACGAUACCGGUUCGUUGCGCUGCUGGAAAUGGAGAGCAUUCUUCAAGGCCAACAAGCCCGUGGCUCGGAGGACUUCCUCGUCAAUAAUUACUUUGGGUCAUUCAACGCGGUGAACAUAAUCAUACUCAUAAUAUUCAACCCUGCGAGAGGGAGAUUACCAGGGGAUGAUGGAUUAUGGAGCGUGCUAGUUAGUUAUAGAUUACUAGUUCAAUCUUGGGUAACUUUAGUGGCUAUUGGCCACCCCAUCCCAACGAAGUCGUGCAGUAGUAUGUCUAUUGACCCGGUUGGCUCCAAUUACUGAUCGCGAAGAAGCGAUCCAUUCAUGAUCCGUCCAAAAAGCAAAUGAUCGACCGAAAGGUGGUCGUUGGAAAGCGACAGCUCACCAGCUGUCGGAGGGGGUAAUAGAUUGAUUAUUAACAAUUGGAACA